AUGAGAUUGUCUUUGAAGAGGACGGUGUUUUUGAUAUUUAUACUCAUAUUUCUACUGAUUAGUAUUCUACUAUUGCAGUCUUCAACUAAACUCAGGCAGCGAUGGGACUUAAUUUGGGAUACAGAGAUAUUUGAUCUUGAUGCAUACAAGGUGCAUAAUCUUCAAAAUAGAAGGGAUUUCCAUUAUACAAACUAUUUAUACCUGGGAUACAACAACUUUACUAAAGCUUUUACAGGUGAUUUGGAUCGUAUCAAACAGACGCCACUCAAAGACAAAUGUAACGUUUAUUUCAACCAAUUCUUACAACAUGAUCCCGAAUGGAAGCUAACUACGCGUAAUUCACCCGUGGAUAGAUUUGACAAGUCUUCUGAUAAGAAACAGUCCUUUUUCAAGGAACAACAAAGAAAACUUGAGGACAAGUUUAACAAGGAGCAUCGGGGUUCAGAUGAAAAGUUUGUCGUCACGAGAGAAGAUAACAAAACCAUACUGGAACAGUUUAAUAAAAAUGUCGCAAAAUCAAAAGCGAUUAUGCAUGAAAUGGCUGAUGUGACUACACUGUUGAGAGUUUACGGUAAAUGUUUUAUUGGUCAAGAAUUGGAUGAAGGUCAAAAAACGACUUUUAAUGAUUUGAGCAAUAGGUUCUUUCCCUUUUUGACUAACAAACUACCAUUAUUUAAAGUACAAGGAGAAGAUAGGUCUACUGGGUGGCCUGUUCUUAAAGAAGAUGGAUCCACCGAGUACAAAACAGAUUUGGAUGGUGACAACUACAUUGAAUUUUUGUAUAAGCAUUCAAGAGGAAAGGGAAUUGUGAUCUCGGCUGCAACUAGACACGCCAAAGAUAUAAUGAAAUUGGUCAAAAUACUACGUGCUUUGAAUAAUGAACUUCCGAUACAAAUCAUGCAUAAGGGGGAUAUAACUAAACGUUCACUUGAAUGGAUAGAGUCUGCUGCCACAGUUGAUGUUGAGGAGUUAUUGAACCCAUCCUUGGACCCCAAUGAUGAGUCUUAUAUGCCUGAAUUGAAACUACUAGAAAGUUAUAAGGACUAUGGCUCAUAUUUUCCCAAGCAAAAGCUUCAAUUUGUAAAUAUUGCUAAUUGUAUCUCCAAGCAAUACAAGUAUCAUUUUCCUGGUUACUCAAACAAAAUAUUAGCCGUUUUUUUUUCCACAUUUGAUGAUGUUUUAUUACUUGAUGCCGACACUGUUCCAUUGGUAUCACCAAAAGAAUUCUUCGAAUCACAAGAAUAUCAACGUUCAGGAACAUAUUAUUUCCAAGAUCGAUCGUUGAGAGAUACUAAUGAUUUCAUUGAAACUAAUUUCUUUACUACGUUAUUCCCAGCUAAUGAAAAAUCAAUUGAUACAUUAUUCGAUAUACCUCGCAUCACUGAAAAGACAUUGAAUAAUAAAUACAUGACUGGCUGGCGACAUUAUCAAGAAGCAGGGGUAGUUGCAUUCAACAAGCGACAACAUUACGUCGGUUUACUCAUGAUGUUUCCCUUGCUGCUUUGGACAGAACCGGUUCAAUCAUCAAUCUGGGGAGAUAAAGAAUUGUACUGGUUGGCAUUAUCAGCUGCUGGUGAUGAAAAUUAUGAAUUCAAUCCCGUUGCAGGAGCUUCAAUUGGUGAGAAAACAGUACUUCAAAAUCGCAAAUUUUAUCCUAAUUCACCCAGUAAUGAAGUUUGUUCAACUCAUCCAGGACAUGUAAAUAAAGAUGGUAAAUUACUUUGGAUAAAUUCCGGGUUUGGUUAUUGUAAGAAAAAUGGAUCAUUUAGAGAUCGUGUCAAAUUUCCCUUGUCGACAUUUAAUAAGGAUGAAUUACAUCAAUUGUUUAAUUCUCCGUUGCAAAUACGUGCGGCGAUAGUUCCGCCUGAUCUACCACGGUUUAGAGAACCGGGGAAUCCCAUAAAUGGAGAACCAGAGGAACAGUUUCGGAAAACGUGGAAGUUUAGAAACAAGGAUAUCGAUGAAAUUAAUGAGAAUUUACCUUAUGGUGCCCAAAGGACUGAGUUUAUUACUGAAUGGGGUCCUCAAAAGGGUUGGGUUAAGAAUUCUAUAUGUUUUGGAUAUUAUUAUUGUGCUUAUGAUAAGGUGCAGAGUUAUUCAUCAGAGAAGGAAUUUGAUGAGGGAAAGCUUUAUGAAUUUGAUGAAGACAGUGUUAAAAGGUAUAAUUAUUUGAGUAAAGUUUGGAAUUCUGCUGGAUUGAAAAAGCCAGGAACUUCAAAGCUGAACUAA